AUGUCGUCCCUCUCACUAGGUGUCGCGGGCGACACGCUUAUUCCCCAGGGAACAGCGUACGGUCUUCUUAUCGGUCUCGGUGUGCUCUUCUGCGGUGUAAUUCUGGCCGCAGUCAAGAUACAGAAAGUGUACCUUUCCGAAGACUCGGCCACUUCGGAGAUGUUCAUGGUGGCCAAUCGAACAGUAGGAACUGGAUUAACGGCAUCUGCUGUGUUUUCAUCGUGGAUGUGGAUUAACGAAACGGUCUUUGCUGCGGCCAUGUGCUACAAGUUUGGCCUUGCUGUCCCGAUGUGGUGGGGCUCAGGUCUCUGUUUCCAAAUUGCUCUCAUGGCGGCUCUCGGAGUGCUGGCUAAAAUCAGGGUUCCGUAUGCUCAUACAUCCCUUGAGAUUGUUCGGCAGAGAUAUGGUAGGGUAGGACAUAUUGUCUACAUCCUCUUGAAUCUCGCCUGCAACAUCUUCGGAUGCGCGUCCAUGAUAUUGACUGGCUCUCAAUUGAUUUAUGGAGUUUCGGGUAUGAAUUUUGCUGCUGCCACAAUUCUCAUUCCACUGGGAGUCGUGUUGUAUACUGCCGUUGGGGGCCUUAAAGCGACAUUCCUCACCGAUUACCUCCACACAUUGGUCGCUUUAAUUCUCAUCAUCUUCUUUACCCUCUCAGUUCUAACAAACGACACGAUUGGAGGACUAGGGGGGCUCUAUGACAAAGUGACAGAGACUGCGGCGGAGAAUUAUAUCAGUGGGAAUUACCAGGGUUCCCUCCUGACAAUGAAGUCCAAGCAGGCGAUUAUCUGGGGGCUUAUUCUCAAAUUUGGAAACCUUUCUCUCGUUGUUAUGGACACUGCUUUUUGGCAAAAGUCUUUUGCAACCGAGGUCAAUGCAACCGUUCCUGGGUACGAUCUGGCGGCAUUGGCUAUCUUUGGAAUCCCCUGGGGUCUUGGAACAGUGAUUGGAUUGACGGGGCGAGCAAUUCACAAUACACCCAUCUGGCCAACAUAUCCUGCCGAGUUCACCACGGCUGAAGUAAAUGCUGGACUGGUGAUGCCGUAUGUGAUAAAGGCGCUCAUCGGUGACCAGGGAAUAGUAGCCUUCUUUGUGCUUUUAUUCAUGGCUCUUACUAGCACUGUAUCCUCUUCGAUGAUCGCCGUCAGCAGUAUUCUUUCGUUUGACUUGUACAAAACAUAUAUCAACCCGAAAGCAUCGGACAAGCGUCUUGUCCGCGUCAGUCAUAUAUCUGUUGUGAUUCAUGCCAUAUUUAUCACGGCCUUCUCGAUAGCUCUAAAUUACGGUGGUGCCGACAUGACCUGGAUCGGCUACUUUCGACCCGUCCUGACAUGUCCCGGGAUCAUUCCCCUAAUAUUCACUCUUUGUUGGGAAAAGCAGACACGUUUAGCCUUGAUUCUUUCGCCAAUUCUCGGAUUUAUUACCGGGCUUGCAAUUUGGCUUGGAACAGCAUAUCACCUAUAUGGCGAAAUUAAUCUGACUACAACCGAGGCUGGACCGCCCGCUCUGUACGGAGCUAUAGGGUCGUUCUUCUCACCUGGGCUUUACUCUGUUCUUAUUUCACAGUACAAACCAUACUCUUUUGAUUGGCGGGAGUUUUUACGCAUUGAACUCGCCGAUAUUGAGCCUGUUGAAUCUUCUUCAUCCUCGACCAGUCCGACAAUUACUAAAGAGGACAAGGACAACAAAUCGCAAACAACAAACACCAUCGAGCCCAUCUCUACAACACCAUCGUCCGACAAAACAGCCACCAUAAAAACUCCUACCGUCAUUCAGAAUAGAGAGAAGCCUUUGAUUGCGUCUUCGGCUAUAAGCCUAGAUGAUAUUCAACAUCCUUUCUCAAAGGAAACCCUCGCAGAACUUCACCGCUGGUACCGUAUUGCUUGGAUCGCUUGGAUAUUUAUAGUACUCGUCACAUUUGUCGCCUGGCCCAUGCCACUAUACCGGGACUAUAUAUUCACCAAGACUUUUUUUAAGAGUUGGACUACCGUGGCUAUUAUAUGGCAGUUUGUGGCUUUUUUUGCGGUCGUGGUGUUUCCACUCUAUGAUGGGAGAAGUCAGAUUGUCAGGGGAGCGACGGGCGUUUGGGAAAGCUCACGAACGUAUUUGAGCAGGAAAUGA